AACUGAAAAAUUUUCCGACAAAAUUAAAACAAAAGGAAAUUUGAUGCGGACGGCGGUGAAGAAAUUCGUCUCCCCCUUACAUCUGCAAAUACCCAAAACGCCCUUACGUCAGGGUCGGACUCUGACGCAUGCCAUCUACCAAUCACCACCGUCGGAGCCACCCGACCUUUCUCAAACCAUAGCGUCGACGCACGCGGUGUUUUCGAACCCGUGUUUUAAUCUUCUCGUUUUGUGCAGGAACAUCGAUUCCCUGAAGAAAGUCCACAGCUUGCUCGUCCUCCACGGCCUCGCCGACGGUCUCCUUUGCCGAACAAAAUUGAUCAGUUUAUAUGGGUCAUUUGGGUACGUCAAGUGUGCCCGGUAUCUGUUCGAUAAAAUGCCAAGCCCAGAUUUUUAUUCGUGGAAAGUGAUGCUGAGGUGGUACUUUAUGCACAAUUUGUAUGAAGAGGUUAUAGGGUUUUAUAAUCGUAUGAGAGUGUGCGUAAGAGAGCAUGACAACGUUGUUUUCUCGAUUGUGUUGAAGGCGUGUAGUGAGUUGCGAGAUUUUGAUGAAGGGAGGAAGGUGCACUGCCGGAUUGUUAAGGUGGCGAGUCCUGAUAGUUUCGUAUUGACGGGUUUGGUGGAUUUGUAUGCGAAGUGUGGAUGGAUUGAGUGUUCUCGGGCGGUUUUUGAAGGGAUUGUUGAUAGAAAUGUGGUUUGUUGGACUUCAAUGAUAGUUGGGUAUGUGCAAAAUGAUUGUCCGGAAGAUGGGCUGGUCUUGUUUAAUAGGAUGAGAGAGGGGUUGGUUGAAGGGAAUCAGUUCACGUUAGGAAGCGUACUUACGGCGUGUACAAAGUUAAGAUCUUUGCAUCAAGGAAAGUGGAUUCAUGGACAUUUGAUUAAGAAUGGUAUUGAACUUAACUCUUUUCUGGUGACAUCCCUUCUGGACUUGUAUGUCAAGUGGGGGGACAUUGGAGAUGCUCGUUCCAUAUUUGAUGAGUUUUGUGGGAGGACCGAUCUUGUUUCAUGGACAGCAAUGAUUGUAGGGUACACUCAAUGUGGGUAUCCCGACGAGGCUUUGGAGUUGUUUACGGAUAGGAAAUGGGUUGGUCUCUUGCCCAAUUCUAUAACUACUGCAAGUGUGCUUUCGUCUUGUGCACAGUCAGAUAAUUUGAAUUUGGGAAGGUCAAUCCAUGGUCUUGGGAUAAAACUUGGGUUGGAGGAGCCUACUGUGAGAAAUGCUCUGGUGGACAUGUAUGCAAAAUGCCAUAUGAUUGGUGAUGCUCGUUAUAUCUUUGAAACAAUCUCCGACAAGAAUGUGAUUGCUUGGAAUUCAAUUAUUUCCGGGUAUUCCCAAAACGGGUCUGCACAUGAAGCCCUCCAACUGUUUCAUCAAAUGAGAUCAGAAUCAUUCUCACAUGAUGCGUUCGCAUUGGCAAGUGUCCUCUCAGCUUGCGCUUCCCUUGGUUUUCUUCCAGUUGGUUCAUCGCUUCAUGCUCACUCCAUAAAGGAUGGCCUAUUAACUGCAAAUAUCUAUGUUGGCACUGCACUUUUAAACUUCUACGCCAAGUGCGGGGAUGCUGAAUCUGCUCGUCUAGUUUUUGAUGCAAUGGGAGAGAAGAACACUAUAACAUGGAGUGCAAUGAUUGGCGGUUAUGGAAUUCAGGGUGACAGUACAGGUUCCGUUGCACUUUUCAGUGAUAUGUUGAAGAAUCAUCUGGAGCCCAACGAAGUAAUCUUCACGACCUUAUUGUCAGCUUGUAGCCAUACGGGAAUGAUUGCAGAAGGGUGGAGGUAUUUCAAUUCACUCUGCAAGGACUAUAACUUCAAGCCCUCAAUGAAGCAUUACGCGUGUAUGGUCGAUCUAUUGGCUCGUGCUGGUAAACUUGAAGAGGCCCUGGAAUUCAUUGAGAGAAUGCCGAUUCAGCCAGAUGUUAGUUUGUUUGGGGCUUUUCUCCACGGAUGCGGACUCUAUUCGAGGUUUGAUCUUGGCGGAGUGGCGAUAAGAAGAAUGCUAGAGCUGCAUCCUGGUGAAGCUUGCUAUUAUGUGCUAAUGUGUAACCUUUAUGCUUCAGAUGGUCGAUGGAGCCAGGUUAAUCAGGUUAGAGAGCUAAUGAAGCAGAGAGGAUUGAGCAAGUCCCUUGCAUAUAGCCAAGUAGAGAUGGAUAUCAGAAAUCACAUUGCACCUGUUAGGUUGGCAUGUGUUGCUUAGGAUAUAAAGAGUCGAUUUUCGAGUGAGGAGAUGUAGCAAUGCCAGGCGUCAAAUUGCAGGGGUGCCCUGUUGAUUACCGGUUCUUGCACAGGAACUGCAUCCAAGGUCUGGAUGAAUGGAUGCAAAAUUUGAAGCCCCAAGAGUAAGGCACUUUCUGCAACUUCAGCAUACUGUUGGUCUGAAGGUAACGUUCUCGGGCAUGCUUCUUCAAAAGCUAAUGAAGAAACAUGGCAUUCUGUACGGCUAUCCUGGAUGACUUAACAGCAUUCGAUUAACAGAUCAUCCAUGACGAUCGUUGAUGCAAGACUUGAAAGGCACAAUGUUCAAGGCGGCAUGCGGGUUGAGUGAACAGGUUUGUACUUGGAUGUGAAUAGUGGUGCACCAGAAAUGAAAGAAAUAAUGGGAAAAUUCAAAAUUAAUCGAA